AUGUUGGGGGCAUAUGAGUAUGUCAUUUCUUAUAGAGCUGGCAAGGACAAUGGAAAUGCCGAUGCCCUCAGUCGUCUUCCUGUUCCAGAGAAAGAAUCGAAGGAGGAUUAUGUCUUGAGGUUGGACAGUGUUGUAACUCCUGUGACGACAUCAGAGCAAAUCAAGCAAUGGACAACUCGAGAUCCUGUCCUCUCUAGAGUGCGUGAGUAUGUGUUUAAAGGUUGGCCUGAUCACAGUAAUACAAAUGAAUUUACACCUUAUAAACAGAGACAACAAGAGCUCAGUGUUCAAGACGGGUGUGUGCUGUGGGGAGCUCGCAUCAUCAUUCCAGAGCAAGGACGUUCAGGGUUGCUGGAACAGCUACAUCAGUCUCACCCAGGUAUGUCAAGGAUGAAAGGCCUGGCCAGGAGUUACCUGUGGUGGCCAAAUUUAGAUGCUGACAUUGAGGCCAGAGUAAAAGAUUGUACUGUGUGUCAAGAACAGAGAAAAGCCCCUGUGGGUGCACCACUUCAUCCGUGGGAAUGGCCACGACAGCCAUGGAGAAGAGUGCAUAUGGACUAUACUGGUCCAUUCCUGGGGAAGAUGUAUUUAAUCUUAGUUGAUGCCCAUUCUAAGUGGAUUGAUGCAUAUCCAGUAAAUUCAGCAACAACAGCGAAUACUCUUGAGUGCCUCAGAAAGAGUUUCAGUACCCAUGGCAUUCCUGAAAUGAUGGUGUCUGAUAAUGCUCAGUGUUUUGUAAGUGAAGUGAGUAAAGAAUUUAUGUCUAGAAAUGGCAUAACGCAUGUUACUUCUGCCCCGUAUCAUCCAUCAUCUAAUGGUCUUGCUGAGCGGGCAGUCCAAACUUUUAAGAACCUUAUGAAAAAAAGUUUUGGGAACACUAUGGAGACCAAGUUGCAUAGAGCAUUGUUUAAUUAUCGUAUUACACCCCAGUCUACAACGGGAUUGUCACCUGCAGAAAUGAUGAUGGGAAGGAAAUUGCGAUGCACUCUAGACAAAAUGCAUCCUGACUUCACCAGCCAAAUUGAAUUGAAACAACAAGUUCAAAAAGAGCAACAUGACCAACAUGCAAAAUCUUGCUAUUCUGAAGUAGGAGAUACGGUGUACACUAGGAACUUUGGGUAUGGACCAAAAUGGGUGCAGGGAGUAAUUCAGGAAAUCACAGGACCUGUAUCCUAUAAAGUAGCAAUAGGAAGUGCCCAAAUAGUGCGACGUCAUGUGGAUCAAUUAUUCAGUCGACAACAAAAAGAGAUACUGACUAAAGACUUUCAAGCGGCCCUGGGUGAACCUUGUGAUUCUGAUGUUGUGUCAAUGGAUGCUGAUAUUAAAAUGCCUGAAAUAACUCAGUACGGCGUCAACACUCAAAUCUUCAGAUAA